ACAUGGACGAAAAUGAAUCAGAUUCGGACAUCGAGGAGAUACAAGAAGCUCUUGCAGCAGGUAAAAUUCAACCAGGACUUAUUGUGCAAGAGCAAAAGAAACAUUUCAUCAAUAACAAUGAGGGGCUAAAGGACAAAAUUAAAGAAUUUUCAUUGGACAGUUUGAAAUGGAUUGAAAGAUUGGUCCUGUCUAGCAAACAAAAUGAUGCCUCAGUUAACAAUGGGGAAACAGAUGGUGAUCAGCUGCAAAAUGAUGAUUUUAAUAGGGAACUUAAAUUCUACAGACAAGCACAAGCAACUGUUUUAGAGGGUCUUGCACGACUUGCCAAAUUAUCUGUUCCAACUAAAAGGCCAGAAGACUAUUUUGCUGAGAUGGCAAAAUCUGAUGAACACAUGAAAAAAGUUCGUUCCAAGUUGUUAGAAAAGAAAAUCUCUAUGGAAAAAUCUGAAAAGGCAAAGAAGUUGAGAGAAAUGAAAAAAUAUGGUAAAAAGGUGCAAGUGGAAGUAUUACAGAAAAGACAAAAAGAAAAGAGAGAAAUGCUUGAAUCUGUUAAGAAAUUUAGGAAAGGACAAGUUGAUAAGCUUGAUAUUUUUGAUGAAACAAUUGAGAGGCAACCUAAGCAACAAAACCAAGGAAAACAAAUUCAAGGGAAGCAACAGUUCAAGCCUAACAAAAAGCGAGAGUAUAAAAACAAAAAGUUUGGCUUUGGUGGGCAAAAAAAGAGGUCAAAGUACAAUACAGCAGAGAGCUCAGCUGAUCUUAGAGACUUUUCAAGAGGUCCAGGAAAAAGAAACUUUAAGAGCAAGCCACAAGGAAAAAACAGUAAAAGACCAGGAAAAAACAAACGAAAAACAAUUAAGAAUAAAAAGAAGUAACCAUUUAACAUUGCAUAGUUUUUGUUUCUUUAAUGCGAUUAUGACAUGAUUUUGUUAUCCUUCAAUGAAUCACCAGUCACAUAACUGAACCAAUUCAUUAUUAGAAUAAUAAUGAAAAAUUUAUAUUUAUUUAGCUUUUAUUAAAAACAAUAUUUUUUUAAAUAGCCACAUUUCAUUGUAAAAUCACUAUGUGGACUUAUUUGUAAAACAUAAAAAAUAACAUUUGAAAAAUUGGGCAUAUUCUUGCAUUAAUUUCAUUUUCCUUUUAAACAAUAAUGAUUUCACUAAAAAGUGUUUGUAAAUACAACUUAAGUGUUGUCAAUGACAUAAUUAUUUUACCUGAGCAAUUUUUUUCACUGUGAAAGUAAAAUGAAUUUUUUUCAAUGUCCUAGUGUUUGAUCAAAGAGUAAGUUUUUUAAAGUACACUAUUGCAACUCAGGUGUCCACACAAAAGAUUUUGUUUCAUGAUGAUAUUCACUCUGUAGACAAAAAGAUUAGUUUAUAGUCCUUAUUCACCAUUUAAAGAGUGAUCAUUUGGCUGGUUGUUUUUCUGGUUCAGCUUUUAGACUCCAUGCCUUGUCCAUGUACUUUGUUAUACUGGAGCAGUGACGAUGAAAAUUUAAACGUCUGUCUGAUUUUUCAUGUUCUAUCUGUAAAUAAAAAAAUAAUAAAAGAUUAUUA